GGUUCCCUUCACCGUUUCACCGGUGACGAACAAAGCAAAUCCAGCUCUUGUACUUGCUCCCUCCAAGACGUGAAGCUUUUACUAGACAGUUUUAAUCAUGAUUCACUUUGUUCUCUUAAUUAGUCGACAAGGAAAGGUUAGAUUGACAAAGUGGUAUUCACCCUAUUCCCAGAAGGAAAGAAGUAAGGUGAUACGAGAGCUCAGCGGGAUGAUUCUUACACGUGGCCCCAAGCUUUCUAACUUUGUUGAGUGGAGGGGAUUUAAAGUUGUUUAUAAAAGAUAUGCCAGCCUCUACUUUUGUAUGUGCAUUAACCAAGAAGACAAUGAACUGGAGAUCCUUGAAAUCAUUCAUCAUUUUGUUGAGAUUCUUGACCGUUACUUUGGAAGCGUCUGUGAGCUGGACUUGAUCUUCAACUUUCAUAAGGCUUACUACAUACUGGAUGAGAUUCUAAUAGCCGGUGAACUUCAGGAAUCAAGCAAGAAGACAGUUGCUCGUCUAGUUUCUGCACAGGAUUCGUUAGUGGACGCCGCAAAAGAAGAAGCGAAUUCCAUAAGCAACAUAAUUGCACAGGCAACCAAGUAAACUCCAUUUUUCACUUUGCUUAUUUCAAAUCUGAGCCUAAGCAUAUAUUUGCGCAUUUCUACUCGCAUUGUGUUGGAGUUUUAACUGAUCAACAUAUUCAUUUUAUGCACGUUCGUCUCAUGUAGAAGAGUCUUUGUUUCCUUAAGUGUAGAGAUACAUCAUCUUUGAAACUAGUGUUUGUUGAUUCAUUCAAA